AUGCUUGACUGGACUGAGUUAUUUGGAGAAGAAGAACAGGAUGAUAAUGUAGUGACAAUACAGGACAUUCCGGGAUUAAAGUUAAUUCGACAAGCACUUGAUCAUGAACAACAAAUGACACUUGUUCAUGAAAUAAUCAAUGCUGGAUAUUUUGCAGGUGCUGAUCAUAUCAAUCAAGCCAUGUGUUUUGGAACACUUCCUUCUCAUAUUGGUUGGAUAGAAUCCUUUGUCAAGGAAAGGUAUCCAAGACUAUUUCCUCAACAAAUCAUUCAACGAGAGCCCUUGUUUGAUCAGGCCAUUUUAAACUUGUAUCAAAAGGGUGAAGGUAUUGUUAGCCACGUAGACUUAUUGAGGUUUGAUGAUGGUAUAUUGAUCAUUUCCUUAUUAUCGUCCUGUGUGAUGACCAUGAAACCCGCUAUUGAAGAAAGUACGUCUUAUCGACAAAGACAAGAUGACAAUGGAUUGAAAUAUGAUGUGCUUUUACGUCCUGGGGACAUAUUAGCAUUAUCAGAGGAUGCAAGAUAUAAAUGGGAACAUGGGAUACAUGAGAGGUUAUUUGACCAUAUCGAUGGUGAAGUGAUAGAAAGAGGCACACGCAUAAGUGUUACCCUGAGAAAGCUAAAGGCCGAAAGCCAUUCACUGACGGACCAGACUACCGUCAUGUCCAGCAGUAGAUAG